GAAAUGGGGGAAAGAGGGGGAAAUUUGGAACACAAGGUUGUGCAAGGAUUAAUGUUGAAAAAUUAUCCAUGCAUAUUUUUUAUUAUAGCUUUUUAUAUAAGCAUACAUGUUCUAACAGUUAUUUUGCUGUAUAAAAAGAAUCGGAGUUUGAAAUAGUACAUAUUUCAUAUGAAGGAAAUCAAAAAUGCAGGCAGACAAAAAUAAAGAGAUUGGGAAUUCUAUGUAAUGGUUCAUCAUCUCCCAGAGUUCUUUCGCUGGAUGUAGCUGCUUCAAUUCAUUACUGCUCCAUUGGAACUGAUUUGGUUCAUCUCAUUGUUGAAGAUGGCCAGGUCCAUCAGAAUUGAUCAUCAUAUAGUAUUGUUGUUGAAGUAUAUAAUGAUCUCCUGGUCCUGCUCAUUUCACUCAGCAACGUUCAUUAAAUCUCUCCAGGUCUUUCUGAAAUCCUCCUGCUGGUCAUUUCUUACAGAACAAUAAUAUUCCAUAAUAUUCAUAUACCACAAUUUAUUCAGCCAUUCUCCAAUUGAUGGGCAUCCACUUAGUUUCCAGUUUCUGGCCACUACAAAGAGACCUCCCACAAACAUUUGUCAUGCAUAUGUUUUGAAAAUAAAAAGCUUUUAUAAAAAACUUUUUUCCCAAAAAGUCACCCAAUCAAUAAAUAUUUAGUAAAUGCCUAAAAAAAAUACUGUAGACAAAAUAAAGUAUUUGGGGGUGUACCUGCCAAGAUAAACCCAAGAACUUUAUGAACACAAUUACAAAACACUUCUCACACAAAGUCAGAUCUAAACAAUUGUUUAUGGCUGGGCCAAGCUAAUAUAAUAAAAAUGACAAUUCUAGCUAAAAAAUUAAAAAAGGUAAGAGAUAACAAUAUUUGGAAACAGAUUAAAGGUGAUGGAGCACAAGCUGACCAACAAUUGAAGAUGAUAUUGAAGUUAACAGCCUGGGGUGCUGGCUGAGAAGAUAGUGGUAUUCUGAAAUUCAGAAGAAGAAAGUUUGAAAUGCUUGAGGAUGUCUCCAUUUGGAGCUUCCAUCAGCCUCUCAAAACUCAACAUGUCGGAAACAGAAGUCAGUAUCUUUCCCCCUAAACCUGGCCCUUCCCCAAAUUUCCCUAUUUUUAUUGAAGGUACCACCAUCCUUUUAGUCAUUUAGUUCCCUAACCUAAGUAAUCCUUGACUUCCCACUCCCUCUCUCCUUUUCCACCGAAUCUAAAUCUUGUCUUUUUUGACUCUAGAAUUUCUGUCCAACGACCCCCUUUUCCCUCUCAAGGCUAUCAGUUUAGUUCAGGCUUUUAACACCUCUUGCCUGGAUGAUUGCUGUGGCAAUUCCCUCCCUUUUUAAGUUCCUUGUCCUCUCCACUAAGUCCUCCACACAGCUGUUAAAAUGAUAUUCCUUAACCUCCUUUCUGACUGUGUAGUUCCCUUGCCUAAUGCCCCUCGGUGCCCUUAGCACAUGCUCCCGGGCUCUGAGAGGGAUUAGAUGUCUAGGAUCAUUCGGCCAAUUUAAGUCAGAAGAGGGACUCUUAUCUUUCUGUCUCCCAGGUCGGCUCUCUCCGUCCAGCAUUUCCUCCUCUAAACUCUUUCUUAGAAUCCUUAACUUCAUGUAAAGGCCAGCUCAGGUUCCAUGCAUUUUCCGCGGGAAUCUCGGUGGCGCUCUCUUCCUCCUCGGGUCAGCCGUUCCCAGGUGGUCAGUCCCCAGAAAGAUAAAGAGAGCAAGGUCUGUUGUGUGGGGAGACGGUUUUCUCCCAUCUACACCACCUAGAAUAAUGACCGGCACAUAGUUGGUGCGUAAAUGUUAGUUGAAUUGAAUCUAUGAGAUUAUCGUUGGCCUGGUUUGGGUCUCGUCCGUUCUCAGUUCCUCGGAUAACAAUCGAUAUGCAUUUUUAAACCCCUAUAAAGUGUUGGGCGUUGUGCUAAGGGCUGAGGAGGUAAUAGUCCCCACUCCAAUUCGGAGCUUCUAUCUCACCUCAGUCUUCUCUCUCUUAAGGUCCCUUCCAAAGCCCUGACGGCGUCAGCCUCCAGUGGAGGCCGUUAGAAAACGGGGGCGCAAAGGGCUCCGCUAGUCUACCUUCCUAGUUUUAUAGCAAAAGAAACGGAAACAUAGAGGCGGGAAAUGACUAACCCAAGUUUACACAAACGAGAAGUAGUUUGGAGUCCGAACUCUCCGCCCAAGUCCGGCUGCAAAUUCCCCGCUCUUCCCGUUACACCGCUCUGCCUCCAAACAUGGAACACCUGCCAAGGACAAUGUCAAGGGCACCGCUCCUUCCCCAGCCGGAGCCCCGGGACCUAGGGGUCCCCCUUCCCUUGGCCUCUCCUAACCCUUUUCCAAACUCCCGCAGGGCAGCACGGAGAUCACCACCACUCCGCCCCCAUUCCCACCCCGGGCGGAGGUGCUCCAGGGAAAGCUAGGUGAGGGGGCGGGGUCUGCAAGGGCGUGGGGGGGUGGGGAAACCCCUCCAGAUCCCCGAGCCGACUGGACUUCAGGGUGGGGCUGGGCGCGCUGCUGCAGCUUUGGGCUUUCUAACAACCGUCCAGUCCGGGACAGGGAGCCGAAUCCCCCGAUCCUGGAGAAGGGCAGACAAAAUCCCCCGGAUUCCGGGAGGGGCUCGGGGUCCCGGGGUCUCGGGCUGGGACGGGAUUUCCCAGGAUCCCGAGAGGGAGUUGCAGGGUCUCCAUCCUCGAGAGGGGGCGCUGGAUCCCGCGACUCGGGAGCUGCUUCCCCGGGAAGUUUCAAGUUUGAAAGGGCAGUUGGAGGGGCCGAGGCUUCCGGAGGAGCCGCAUCUGCGGGGACCGAGCCGCCGCGGGCAGCAUGGGGGAUCCGCGGCAGGGGACUUCUACAGUGCAGCUGUGCUCAGGUGAGAGCUUGUCAGACCCCAGUUCCCAGCAUCGGCUGGAAGGUGAAAAGGAAGUGAUCCGAAAAGCCAUUCAAAAAGAGCUGAAGAUCAAAGAAGGUGCUGAAAAUUUGCGCAAGGUCACCACUGCCCGUCGGGACCUGGGCCAUGUGGACCAGCUUCUCCGUUCCUCCACCCGAAGACUGGAGCAGCUCCAUUGGGACCUGCAGGAGCUCCAUGCUCACAUCUUGCUCCCUGACGAGGCCCAGAGCCCUGCUGAAAAGGCCAAGUUUAGGAGAUCUGCCCCUCAACUUUCCACCCUAACCUUUUCCUCCUCCUGCUGUUUUCUCCCCAUCCUGAAUUCUUGGACAAAGGUUCAAGAGAGAAAGGAGAAGGCCAGGAUUUUGUUUUCUCCUAUAAAUUUCACAGCCUCUGAGCCUCACCCAAGGGAGGAAAAGCCAGUGACCAGACAUCUGGAAGCUUUGAGAAAGCAGCUGCAGAUAGAGCUGAAAGUGAAACAGGGAGCAGAGAACAUGACUAACACCUAUGCCAAUGGCAGCCCAAAGGAACGAAGACUGCUGUCAGCUGCUCAGCAAAUGCUUCGAGACAGCAAAGUGAAAAUCGAGCUUCUUCGAAUGCAGAUUGGGAAGCUGGGAGCCUGUGGGGAAGCUCUGGCGCCAGGGCCAGAACAGAGAAGGGAGCUCCGGGUUGGGGACCUUCGUCAUCGGUUUCACAUUGAGACAGCUGUAGCAGAAGGGGCCAAGAAUGUGGUGAAACUGCUGGGGGGCCGGAGGCUACAAGACCGUAAGACUCUGGCUGAGGCCCAGACACGGCUCCAAGAGUCCUUGCAGAAGCUGGAUCUCCUCCGUCUGGCUCUGGAACGGCUAAUGACAGAACUUCCUCCAGCUCACCCCCUCCGAAUCCUUGUGGCCCGAGAGCUACGGGAGGGCAUGCCAGGGAGUCCCCCGCCCACUGGGUCUCUCAUCAAACCCAUAGCCCUCACAGGGACCCUGGAGGUUCGGCUCACAGGAUGCCAGGCAUUGUUAGAAGUGGUUCCUGGCCGGUCCCGUGUGGCUGCACUGGUGGGUAGCCCAGGAGAAAGUCGGCCGUGGGGCUGGGGCAAGCAGCAGCGUGUUGAAGAACUGACCAAGGAGGUUCUGGCAGUGCUGAAGGUGGAUAACCAUGUGGUGGGCCAGACAGGCUGGGGGCCUAUGAGUGCUCAGGCCUGGGACCAGACUUUUCUGAUUCCUCUAGAGCGGUCUCGUGAAUUGGAGAUUGGGGUCCAGUGGAGAGAUUGGCGGGAGCUUUGUGGUGUAGCUUUCUUGAGACUGGAGGAUUUUCUGGACAAUGCACGCCACACACUGUCCUUGGCAUUGGAGCCUCAGGGCCAGCUCUUUGUGGAGGUGAUGUUCUGUGACCCUGUUAUCGAAAGGAGGCCACGGCUUCAGAGGCAGAAGUGCAUUUUUUCCAAACACCGUGGUCAAGACUUCCUCCGGGCCUCACAGAUGAAUAUCAGCAUGGCUGCUUGGGGCAGAUUGGUCAUGAGCCUGCUACCUCCUUGCAGCUCCCUGAGUACUCUCAGCCCUCCUGGGGGGCGGCCUUCCCCAAACCCUUCACAUGACUCCCCUGGCUCCUCCUCCCCCAGUUCCUUCCCUCUGACAAAGCCUCUGGUUGAGGAGGUCCUGCCACGGAAAACUGGGUUGGGGGAGCAGCUGCCACCAAAACCCCCACGUCUCCACCUGCCCCUGGAUUCAGCAUCUGUGGGAUCACCGUGUACCAAACGUCCCCAUAUGGAAUACCGGAACAGUCUGAGACAGGGGUCGUCACCCACCCUUCUUCCUUCUUGUAGGAAACCUCCCAAGUUCCAGGACUUCUGUUGUGUUGCUGUGCUGGGCCGUGGUCAUUUUGGGAAGGUUCUCCUUGCUCAGUAUAAGAAGACUGGAACAUUCUACGCAAUCAAGGUGCUGAAGAAGCAGGAUGUUUUGAGCCGGGAUGAGCUGGAGAGCUUAUACUGUGAGAAGCGGAUCCUGGAGAUGGUGGGCCAUUCUGGCCACCCCUUCCUGCUUUCUCUGUUGGUGUGCUUCCAGACUUCCAGCCAUUUUUGUUUUGUGACUGAGUUUGUACCUGGGGGUGACCUGAUGAUGCGAAUCCAUGCUGAUGUCUUUCCGGAGCCCCAAGCUCGGUUCUAUCUGGCUUGUGUAGUCCUAGGCCUGCAGUUUCUGCAUGAGAAGAAAAUUGUUUACAGGGACUUGAAACUGGAUAAUCUCCUCCUGAAUGCCAAAGGUUUUCUCAAGAUUGCUGACUUUGGGCUGUGUAAAGAAGGAAUGGGCUUUGGAGACCGUACGAGCACAUUCUGUGGGACUCCAGAGUUUCUGGCACCUGAGGUGCUGAUAGAUGAAUCGUACACACGAGCAGUAGACUGGUGGGGGCUGGGUGUGCUGCUUUAUGAGAUGCUUGUGGGCGAGUGCCCAUUCCCUGGGGACACAGAGGAGGAGGUAUUUGACUGCAUCGUAAAUGAAGAAGCUCCCUAUCCCCAUUUCUUGUCUGUGGAGGCACUUGCACUCAUUCAGAAGUUACUCCAGAAGUGUCCCGAGAAGCGUUUGGGGGCAGGCCGACAGGAUGCAGAGGAAAUAAAAGGCCAUCCUUUCUUCAGGUCAACAGAUUGGGAGGCUCUAUUUUCCUGCCAGGUCCAGCCUCCCUAUGUGCCGCUGCUUCGUGGACCUGCUGACCUAUGCCACUUUGACCAAGAGUUUACUGUGCUGCCCCCAGCCCUAACACCUCCUGAUCCCCGCUGUCCACUCAGUUCCCGACAACAAGCUGCUUUUCGAGGCUUCGACUAUGUUUCAGACCGGUUCCUGGAGGUCUGAGCCAUCAGAAAGGGGGGCAGCCUUGAAUAGUAUGCCAUAUCCCUUUCUUCUUUAUCUGGCUGGGUUUACAAAGCUAGCCUGGGGACAUAAGAAAGGUUGGUAGGCCUUCUAUAUAUGCCGCUAGUAGGUUCUUUUCUCCUCAGUGGGCAGACCCCAUCUUCCACUCACCUUGAAGCUUUAGGAAUUAUUUCUCACAAUUUUUGCACUGUUUCCUCCCCUUGAAGCUAUUGGCCAUCAUCAACCCCAGGGAAGGGAAUGAUCUCCCUUAUUUAUGAAUUCUAUUCUGGUCCCAAUUAAUUCCCCUCUGUUCCCUUGCAGACAAGCAGAGAAGGUUGAGGAAGAGGCUUCUCUGGUUGUUAUAGGCCCUUCCCAGGUUAGGUCUAGACUGGGAAAGGAUGAGAGGAGGAUAUGGAAGUUGGGGAGUGAGCUGGUGACAGCAGCUGGAGCCAAGGCUGGUCAGCAGCCAGGAUUUAUUGAACAUAUCUGUACAAAGCACACACCCCCUGAAGGGUCACAGUGGGAAGCAGGGUGCACUGGUGUUUUUUUUUUUCCCCCUCAAACAAGCUACCUGCUUUUUGGAUUAUUAAAUUUGUAAACUGCAGAACCCUAGGGGAAUUGGUUUGAAUUGGGAAGGCCAGGGAUACUGAGGGGAAGGAAGGAAAAAUAUAAAAGUUCUGAGGCUACACUGGGAACUAAAAUUCAAAGGUCUUUACGCUAAACAAGAGUUCCCAUGUAAAUAGACUGGGUAAGUGUGGGGGUGCAUACUUGAGCCUCAGUUCCUCUUUCCUCCUUCCUUGGGCCUUGAGCCAGCCGAGGCCUCCUUGACACUACCUCUGUGACCGUUUCCAGUUGGCCCUAAAAAGCCCUACUGUCUAAGUCCCUAGUCCUGACCCAACUGAAUAUGCCUCUGGGAUGAAACUUCUGGGCAUUGUUCUGCAGUGGUUUCCCAGGGGGCCAGCAACCUGCCACAGGAAUGGAGAAUGGGAAAGAAUCCAGGAUUUAGGCACAAAUGGGUCAAGGGUAGCAAAGAGUUGACCUUCUUUUCUAGAACCUUAUGGGGAUAGAAAUGACAAGAUGGAAUAAAAUCUAAGUGGAACCUUGA